AUGAUCGAGUCGAUGUCGAUCUUUCUUUGCGUUGCCCAGGUUCAUGAAGAUGUUCAAAGUCCUAUUACUGAACCAGCCCAGACUGAUCGAGAUGAACAAAGGCCAAUAUUUGAUGAAGAUUUCUUGGUUAAUGAAGAAGUUUUCUCCUCAGGAUGUUAUUCUGCUCCACCACCUCCAGAGCACGAUGCUGCAUCUAUUAAGCUAGCCAAACUUCUUGCAUUUCAAGACUUUAUUCCUCAGUCAAGAGGAAAGGGUAUAUAUAUUGGCUCAGAACAAGGAGGUGGUGAAGACUCUCAACAAACCAUCUUUGAGCUCAAACAAGAGAUACUAAUUCUGAAACAAGAAUCCAUUGAAAAGGAUCUGCUGAUCGGGAAGUUGGAUGUGAGAGUUUCGGAGCUAGAAAAAGAUAAUUCUCAGAAGAAUAAACAGAUCUCUGAUCUUCAAGCCAACCUUGGCGGGCUUACAGCCUUCUACUUUGAUCUCAAAGACAAACUAUUUAGAAAUUUUGGUGAUGAAUUAAAGAUGUCUAGUUCUGAUGAUGGAAAAGCUCCUGAAACAUCUGAAAGGGUGGUGAUUAGAUCCACUUCGGAUUCCAACAUUGAUCAAUAUUUAUCUUCUGGCCCUGCUACAGCUGAAGAGAGAAGGGAGAUACACAAGAAAAGCUAG